AUGGGUUCGAUGCCAUUCCCUCACAAUGGGACUUCGUCCUCCUGGGAAACUAUUUUGACUAGUGCCCAAUCACAUAUGGCCAGUCUUGUUUUACUGACGCCUGCUAUCAGCUGCUUUCUCUGGUUCUUUGCUUCUUGGCAAACAUCUCCGCUCAAGAAUUUUCCUGGGCCACUACUCGCAGGAUGGACCAAUGUUUGGAGGCUUUGGCAGGUGAUUACAGCGGACUAUGCGCCUCGGAUGAAGAAGCUCCAUGAGAAGCAUGGCCCAGUUGUUCGCCUCGGGCCCAAUCUUCUGGAUAUUGAUUACCCCGAGUUGGUCAAAGUCAUCUACGGUACUGAUGGCAGAUGGAAAAAGUCCGACCUCUAUAAGAACAGCAGCACCAUUAUUGACGGCAAGAUCACCUACCACAUGUUCAGCGAGACCGACAACAAAGAGCACGCAAAACUCAAGAGGCCUGUGGUGCGGCACUUCUCGGUUCCUAGCGUACUUGCCAUGGAGCCCCAUAUGGACAAGACUAUAGACGAAUUUUGCGAUCAUCUCGAACGUCGGUUCGUCGAUACUGUGAAAGUCUGCGAGUUUGGCGACUGGCUUGCUUACUUUGCAUGGGACUUUCUUGGCUUCGUCACGUUCAGUAGGAAGUUUGGCUACAUGGAUGAAGGGUGUGAUUUCGACGGCACGCUUGCGAUCGGCGACCAAGCGAUUGACUAUCUCGGCCUCUGUGGUCAGAUGCCGUGGCUGGACCACUGGCUGGACAAGAACCCAGUCUAUCCUCUUGGGCCUCCAAACCUGUCCAACGUCACCAGGAUUGCGAUCGAGAACCUGACUGCAAGACUCAAGGGGGAAGACGAGACCUUCAACCAUCAGAAACCCGACUUCCUGCAGUACUUCAUCAACUCCAAGGGGACACAUCCCGAUAUUGUGAAUGAAGGGACCAUUGUUGGCUACCUACUUCUGAAUCUGAUUGCAGGAGCUGAUACCACAGCCAUCACUAUGCGUGCGCUUUUCUACUAUUGUCUCAAGAACCCCCGUAUUUGGAAACGACUGGAAGCCGAAGUCGUCUCCAACAUCCCCGCGGACAAGCCUGUACCCUAUGCAAUCGCCCGUGGGCUUCCCUAUCUCGAAGCCGUUUGCCGAGAGACCCUACGCUACCACCCAUCCGUCGCGAUGACGAUGGAGCGAAUCGUGCCCGAGUCCGGUGUCACUCUUCCGGACGGCUCAUUCGUGAAGGGAGGCACGCUCAUCGGCAUGAACCCGUACAUCAUUGGACGCAACAAGACCGUCUAUGGCGAUGAUGCCGACGAUUUUAGGCCUGAGCGUUGGCUUCAGCAGCAAGGCGAAGACGACGAGGCCUAUAAGCUUCGAAUGCGGCAGUGGAAUGCGGCGGAUAUCGGCUUUGGUGGUGGCUCACGGAUCUGUCUCGGGCGGAACUUGAGUCUGAUGGAGAUUUACAAAGUUGUUCCCUCUCUGAUUUCCAGAUUCGAGAUUGAGUUGGUGGAUCCUAAUGAGAAAUGGUGGACGAGCUCGCGAUGGUUUUACCGGACAAAGGGUGUCAUCUGCAACUUGAAGCGCAGAGCUCCAAAGGCAUGA